AUGACUAUAAAUAGAAUCAACUUGCUGUUGAGGCCACAGCCCGGCUAUACUCAUAAAAUAUUUAUUUUUGGCAUUUGUAUAUUGUUCGGUUGGAUGAUCGUUAUCAUUAUUUGUGCUAAUCCAAUGGUUAGUUACUUUACUUUAUUAACUUUAUUAUUACUUCAUCGAAAAUUUGCCAGAGGAUCAGUAGAAAUACAGAUGAGUACCACAUGGACUUUCAAAAAACAGGUUUUCCCCCGGCUAAGAGCAGAACCCCACACAGCAUCGGCGUUUCGAAGUUGGAGCGAAAAUUCGUUAAGCCAUUGCACUUCCUAA